AUGCGGGAGCUCUGUUUCCAGUGCUUUGGUAUUGAUUUCACCAUUGAUUGGGGCACAUCGGACGAUGCUGACACCUUUGUGUCUGCCCACGUAUUCUUCAAAGAGCACCCAGGCCUAUGCGAUAAGGAUAAUACGUACUUGUCCAGCAAACCGGCUGCAGUGAUACCACAUCGAGAGUUUUCCGUGGAGGAAAUCGAGGAAUACCCACCGUCUCCUAUCAGCGUACCCUUAACUCAGCAACCAGUUGAUAAUGCUUCCGCGAUACAAGACGAAGUGGUUGCCACCAAUAGCACAGACAGUGACGAUGACUGCAUCCAACAAGAAGCUGUACUCAAUUGCUACUUCCAUGUUACCCAUGCGUUCGCUACAAAGAGAAGCUACGUUGCAAAGAUGAAAGACAAAGUCUUCGCGCUACCCCAGGGCACUGCCUACAAACAUGUAUCGAACAUUGCGAAAACGAAAACAAUGGAACAGCGUCGUGUCAUCACAGAGCUGUACUUGCAGGACUGGAGAGAACAGAGAGGAGAAGGUGAAGCGGCAGACCACUUGUACAAAGAGUACUGUACGUAUCCAAGGUACAACUGGAACUACGCUUGCACAGGAGAGGUCGGUGUAUACCCAUCCAACUGUCCAAACGAAAGUUUCAAUCGCCAUGGAAUAAAGAGCAUCGCGACUGAUUGCUCGAAGAAUGCAACACUUGCAGCUUUUCUUGUGCACACAGCACCACGUCUGCUAGAGGAAGAUGCCAAUGCAAGAAGCGACCCAUGUACAAUCGAAAUACCAAGAACACCUUCUGUCUUUGCAGUUGCGGUAACUGGAUUCUUGAAGGAAGGAAUCGACAUUGUGAAACUCGGAGAAGACGAAUACGGUAAGGCAUCCAGCUGGUUGUGCAACUUGCGACACAAGAUUGGGGUUCCCAUAGACGAGAGACGCAUUCGGAUGGUACGAGCAUCCCUUGAUGGUGACAGCAGACCAUUUGCGAAGGAAUUGUCUAGCCUGGGAUGUGGUUUCCCCGACUUAAUAGCAGAUUCCAUGGUCAAAAUGACUGACACUGUUUGCCACUUGCAAUGGAAGCAAGGUAACAUUGUGGGGGAUUGCGAAGACUGCGUGAAACACCUUGGCUACAGCUGUCCAGGCGCCAUAUUCCUCCGAAGCAAGCAUAAUUUGCUUUCUUGUUCCUUGAAGAAUUUGCGAAAGACUAGUGCUAAUGCAAGAGGGGAUGUGGCAAAGGCCACUGCACGAGGCAAUACAAACCGGCUUUAUCGAAGUGGGCUAUCGAAGAAUUCCAAGCGACGGUGUCUGUCGAAGAUGGUGGAAACGUUCGAUGGGUACCUAAGCACUCUGAAUCAUCAACAGAUGGCAAAGCUGUUCUUGUACUUGCGUCUCUUCAGAUUGGACACAAAAGGAAACGAUCCAGUCAAAGGACGCACUACUCAGAGCCUGCUUGACACUCUGGUUUCCUUUUAUGACAAUCCAACUGGAAACAGAGCGAUGCUGAUUGCACGACCGAUGGAGAAGACUUCAUAUGCCGUUGUCAAGACAAUCGCAACGAAGCUGAAGGAUGCUUCUUGCACAGAGCCCCAAAAAGAGAACAACAAAUAA